CUGGCAAAGCCAGAUGUUUAUGAAACAAUGUAACAGAAAAUCUUAUUAGUGGAUUGGAAAACAGGAACUGUCUUCAUUGUACCAACAUGGCUUGCCUCUAUAGAGUUUAUUAUUUACGCAAGGAAGAAGUUUGUGAGAUACGACAAUCAUCACAUGCGAAUGGAGCAGAAAACCAGACAGCUUCAGUGCCUGAAGUUAGAUCAGAAUUGAAAGUCAUCCUGCAAAUGGUGCUGUUGAUCUUCUGUGUUCUCCUAGUGGCCGCCCCCAUAUUCUUUUCUAUUUACUAUGGCGUAACAUCAAAUCGCAAGGAGCAAGAACUGGAAGAGUUAAAAAUUGCAAAUUACAACUUGACCAGUAACAACAGUGCUCUGUCGGUGGCUCAUGCUAUCCUGCAGUCCCAAUAUGAAAGAAACAACAGUUAUCUACAGGAAAGUCGAGAUACCCUGCAGUCUCAGUACACAGCUCUGAAUAAGAAACAUGAAGAACUGGCCAAAGAGUUCAGUAAACUGCAGGAAUACUACUGUGAUGGUACAAACACAUCUCACGAAAACACUUGCCGGCUAUGUAAAGUGGGCUGGAUCCCCUUCGGUUCCAAGUGUUACUUCAUCUCCAUUACAACACUGACCUGGAAUGAGAGCCGUGAUUGGUGCCUGACAAAGGGUGGACAACUAGUGAAUAUAGAAAGCUUAGAGGAGUGGGUAUGUCAUUUAUGCAGGUGGACUUAA